CUCCCGAUGGCUGACUCGUCCAAGAAAAAAAAGAGAGAGACCCGCGUGGAUGAAGAGACCCGGAGCGUGUGAACCGAUCUUCCCACGCUGCGUUUUCCUUUGGACUUUUUUCCCCUUCUCCUUUUUUUCCUCCCCGCUUUACAAAGUAGCCUAAGGGCCCGAUCCUGGGUGGUCCCCCCCUAGCCCCCCACCCACCGAUGGCAGUUUUAAAUGGCUAGGAGGACUUUCCCCCUUGUAGUUUCCGACACGCGUUGCUGGACUCCCACGAUCUUCCUGGGCUUCUCGGGAGGAAGGCCAUGCUGAGAAUCCCCAAAGCUGGGCCUUCCGCCCCUGGCCGAGGGGCGCCUUCCCUCGUCGCCCCCCAGCCACAAAAGAAAAGCAUGGCUGUCGGCAGCUCCGCCGAGCUGGUGGUCGCCGAGCUGGCGGGCCCUCCGGUGCGGGCUCUCCCCGCUGCCUAUUUCGCUCAGGUGUACCCCCAAACGGCGGUGGUCGCGCCGUUGCCUCGAGGCGGCUGCCUUUAUGCCACCCCCCAUGGACCGGAGAUCAAAGCCAUGCGAUCGGCCUCCACGGGAAAACUGCCGGCCAAGAGAAAACUGGAUCUGGAAGGAACCACCCAGCAGCGCAUCCCAGAAUUCCGGACACCGAAAGGCAAAGGAACUGCGCUCUCACAUAUACCCAGUCCCAAAACCCCCAAGUCCCCUGGAGAGAAAACCCGUUACGACACGUCUCUUGGCUUGCUGACCAAGAAGUUCAUCCACUUGCUGAGUGAAUCGGAAGACGGGGUUCUGGACUUGAAUCGGGCUGCUGAGGUGCUGGAGGUGCAGAAGAGACGCAUCUAUGAUAUCACCAACGUCCUGGAAGGGAUUCAGCUCAUCCGCAAGAAAUCCAAGAACAAUAUCCAGUGGAUGGGAACGGGCCUUUUUGAAGAUUCUUCCGUGGCCACGAAGCAGCAUGUCCUGCGACAAGAACUGACCGAACUUUCAAAGAAUGAGAAAGUUUUGGACAAGCUGAUCCAGGAGUCCUCUCUGCAGUUAAAGCAUCUGACAGAAGAUGAGACCAACCAAAGGUUAGCCUAUGUCACCUAUCAGGAUAUCCGAGCCAUCAGCAAUUUCAACGAACAGACGGUGAUCGUGGUCAGAGCUCCCCCUGAGACACGUCUUGAGGUGCCCGAUGUUUGUGAGGAGAAUGUCCAGCUCCACCUAAGGAGUACCAAUGGCCCCAUUGAGGUCUACCUGUGCCCAGAAGAAAUUCUGGAAGAAAGUCCUGCCAAGGAGAGCUGUUUUCCUCUUCCACUACCCCAGGAGGUUACUAAACCCACAAUGGUGAAAGUGGAAUUGGUGAAGACGGAGGUGCCGAACUGCCUGAUGGAGGGAGAGGACGGUCUCCUGGAACCCCCUCAGCACCUCCUGCAGCAGACCGAGGACCAGCUCCCUUCUACAGCCUACGGCGACCCGGGCCCCUUUGUCAGUUUUUCCCCUCCCCUCGACCAAGAGGAUUAUCUGUGGGGACUGGAGGCGAGCGAGGGUGUAAGUGACUUGUUCGAUGCCUAUGACUUGGCGGAUUUGCUGAAAAAUUGAACCCGGAGCUUCCCCGGUCCUUCCUAAGGUGCUGCCAAUAACCUGCCCUGCAUAGACACAAGAGAUCCAGAUUCCGAAGCUUUCGGCUCUUUCUUAAUAGCAUCUUUUUGGAAUUUUGUCCAAAAGACACGGCUAAGAAGCUUGCCUCUUCCAGUUCAUACUCCCUCUGUUUAGAAAACUCUUGCCUCCCAUUCAAGGCUUUCCCAAAGGAUUUUGAACGGGUCCCAGUGCAGUAAAGCACCCCAUAUGCUGCUAUGGGGAAGCCUCACUUUACUUCCUCCCUCCUGGCAUUUUGUCUUCUUGUUUUUGUUUUUUAAGAAGGGCUGAGGGUCAGAUUUUGGACUCUCGAUUUCACUCUUUCCUCCAUCAGGCCCACCAUGGAAAUUGCACGCACAACUGCCAAUGCCUUGGAAAAACCAGGAAGUCUUAAUCCAGUUGUAUAUUUUCUUGGUGGAGCCCCACACGUCUCAGCGGGGCAUAAGGCCUCCCUCUAGGGCGCACCACUCAUCCCCCCCUGGGAAGGACCCACAAAUCUGUCCUUCAUAAAUGUGCAAACGUGACUUCUCCAGGGAUAGCAUUCCAGAGAAUCCCCCAAUCAGUUAAGUUUCCUUCUGGACCUCUGAGCCCACAACCCAGAGGCAUCCCCAGAGAUAGAUAGUUAUCCAAAAAUAAAUCUCCUGCAACAGGAAGGGAUUUUCAGGAUUCGUGAGCAGGAACAGGAAGUCGGAAGUGGCUGUCGUCUUGCUAUGAGCCCCCCAAUAAAUAUUACAGCCCCUCUUUCUGGGGUGGGAGAUAGGGAACGAGGGGGUAGGCCAGCUUCUCCCAGUGCCAGGGUUCUCCUCCUCCUAAGUGAGCCUGGGUCAACCAGACGUGUCUCUGAGGCGGUUCAGUGCAAGACGAACCUGGGUAGGUUCUUCCAUAUUUUAGUAUCCCCGGCUGAACUUUGGAAAAUCUCGGCAUGCCCUGGUUCGAAGCUAACUUCACAUGCCUUGCAAAUGGUUCUCAUUCCAUCUCGGAGGCAAUACGGUAUCCUCCCUAUGUUUGAGGCCUUCUCAUCAGCCUAGCUCAGUGAUUGGCAAGCCUUUUAGACACCAAAAAGGCAGCGCGGAAACAUUGCGCGCACACUCACCAGGGCCGCGCUCCAGAAAAGCCGAAUUUCCAGGUUUUAGCAUGCAUGCACUCCCAAUGAUCAGCUGGCUGGCACACAUGCACAGGCAGGCUUUCGGCACUGCCGCGUGCACAAAAGGGAUCACACUCCGGAAAAGCCAAACUUCCGGGUUCCCAUCUUCAUGUGCACUCAAUAAUCAGCGGGCUGGUGCGAAUGUGCGCAUGGGUUUUCGGCACUGCUGCACGCAUAAAGGACAACCGAUUGUCGCAUGCACAUGCGUGCCAGAAGCCCAGAAGACAAACAGACAAGGCCGCACGUGUUGGGUGACAUGGCUUCGUGUGCUAAUUUGGCACACUUGCUGUAGGUUUGCCAUCACGGGGCCUAGCUGGUGAGGGGUAAGGAGAGUUGUGCCAAAAGAAAAAGAAAAGAUUAACCACCUUGCUUGCUUGGCAUCCCAAGCUAUGGCAUAAAACAAGGUGGCAUCUCAGAAGGCAGCCACGUUCUUCCCCAAGACGCAGGUUAAAAGAGGACAUUUUUAAAUCCAUGCAAACACAGUUUCCCCUUCCCCAGAAAGGUUUGGUCUUUUGAGAGUUGGCUGGGUUCGUUUCAUAACCGGACCAUUCCUGAUCACCCAACCUCAUUCUUUGUUGGGUUCAAGUGUUCAACAUGCCAGCAGAUGUGGCGGUUCUCCACUUCUCCAAGAUCUGGAUCUCAGUGGAUCAGAGGUUUUCAGCUGCAGCUUAAGCCUGACUGUAGCCUUAAUUCCGAAGUGUGUGUUUCUCGGUGACCCAUCAGCCUUAAUGUGGAAUACCGUAGCCUCUGACUCACAAUACAUAAAGCAGAUGUGACUUUACAGGGAAACUACACCAGUGGGGGAGUUGCACGUGAUUCUUCUGCAACCUGAACAUUGGCAGACACUUACAACCCCUUUGCUUCUGAGGCUGACACCGGCAUCUCAGCAAUACUUGUUUAUUUUUGUCACUGGUUGGAACAAAAGCUUCCCACUAUCGGUGACAUGGGAUUUGACCGCAACAGAUCACUUUCUAUCAGAUAACACGGUUUGGUUGUCUACCAAAAUACGUUGGUUGUUCAAGAUAUUCAGGCAAUAUGAGUUUCCCUGCUGUAAGAUCACAUACCUGCAGUUCUAAAUAAAAUUGCAGUGCAUUUCCUUUUA